AUGAAGCGAAAUUCCUGCGAGAAGCAGACAAUCAACAGAGGAGCGUGGUCUAGUCAGGAGGACGAGAAGCUUGUCAAAUACAUCCGCACCCAUGGCGAGGGCCGUUGGCGGACCAUUCCUAAGGCUGCAGGUUCUGUGUGGGGUAUCUGUGUGCGUGUGUGUGUGUGUGUGGUGAAUGGUCUGUAAUAAACGACUCUCGACUUCCCCAUGUAGGCCUCCUUCGCUGUGGAAAGAGCUGCCGGUUGAGAUGGAUCAACUACCUCAGGCCCGACAUCAAGAGAGGGAACUUCACGGAGGAUGAAGACGACCUGAUCAUCAAGCUCCACGCGCUUCUAGGCAACCGGUAGGGCUUACCUCCUCCACAUCCUGUAGGUAGGGUCUCGGUUGUUUCUGGGAGACCGGUGGGGUCUCGACGGUGUGAGUGGACGGCCUUUCUUUCUUCUCAUUCUCUACGCGAUGAGCGUGCUUCUCAGUUGUGCUGUGGUUGGUGGCUUCUUCAGUUGGUCUCUCAUCGCCGGACGGCUGCCGGGGAGGACGGACAACGAGAUCAAGAACCACUGGAACUCUCGUCUGAGCAGGAAGCUCAUAAGAAUGGGCGUUGACCGGAGCAAGCCCCGGUGGAUCAGCAGAGUCCCGCGUGCCGAAGACCCUGCGCUGACCAGCGAGACAUGUAAAAGCUUUCCCCUGGGCAGGGAUCGCGUUCCGGACGAUGGAGGGGUCUCCAGAGAGGCGAGCUGCCGAGAAGACCACUUGAGCCCGACGUCUGACCUGAAUCUCGACCUCACCAUCUCCCUGCCCUUUGCUCUCCAUGGCUGCGAGUGCCAGGAGCGAAGCCAUGAAUCGGCUGAGGAGACACAUUCGCCUACGCUCCUCCUCUUCAGAUAA